AUGUCUUCACCAAUAAACAUUGAUGAUGUUAUUCAUGAUGUUGAUGAAAUCCACUUAAGAUUAUUGAUUGAAACAAGUCAAUUAUCUUGUAUAUGUUUUCGAUGUAGUGAUAAAAAUCAAUUGAAAACUUUAACAUUCAAAAAAUUUAGUCCAUGUUUAGCUUUAACAGUUAAUCGAUUGCAUAUUAAUGCUAAAGAUCAAUUAAUUGAUACACAGGGAAAUACUUAUGAGUUGAUUUAUAUUAUUGAAUUUGAUCGAACAUUACGUUCAAUUUUAAAUGUUUAUCAACGACAUGAUAUUGAAUUCGUCAUAGUUGAUGGAAUUGAUAUAUCAAAUCGACGAUCAACUAUUGAUAGUCAAGGAAAAUUUCUUACACUUUGGAUGAGUCAAAAACUAAAUUCUCAUAAUAAUACACAAGUUUCAUUGUCACAAUCAAUAAUAUCAACUUCUCAAAUAAUACCGAAUUCAACAGUAGAUAAUGAUAAUUCUAGAACUUGUGAUAAUCUUUCAUCAACAAAUAAUAGUCAAUCUGACAGUUCAUCUUUAUCACCAGCAACAACACUUAGUGAAGGAACAUCAGAUAAUGUUACAAUAACUGAUAUUUAUUUAACAUUACUUCAUUCAACAAAUAGAAAUCAUUCAGAAAUUGAACAUGAUCAUACAAUUAAUACAUCAGCAUCGAAUACUCUUUUAUCAGUAAAUAAUAAUCAAACACAACAACGUAGAGAAGAAACGUCAUCAUCAUCAUCGAUUAGUAAUUCAACAAAUCGUUCAUUAAAACAAUUAUCAUCGCCUAGGAAAUCUAAACGAACACAUCCUUAUACAACAGCUUAG